GGCGCGGAUGGUGGGCGCUCCUGGCGCUGCAGCUGCACUUGCUCCCGGCGCUGGCGCAAGAUGACGUUGUGCCAUACUUUAAAACGGAACCAGGCCUGCCGCAGACUCACCUGGAGGGGAACCGCCUUGUCCUCACCUGCCUUGCUGAGGGGAGCUGGCCGCUGGAGUUCAGGUGGCUGCACGACAACACUGAGCUCACCGCUUACACCAGCGAGUAUAAAUAUGGGCAAUUUCAUGGCUACAGACCAGCGGACAGUGGUUCCUCAAGGCCAGGCAGCGGUUCUCAGCCUGCUGCCCAUCACCAGCUGCCCCCGACCUCACGUGACCUGGUUCAGAGAAGGACACAAGAUCAUUCCAAGCAAAAAAAUAGCCAUCACGCUGGAGAAUCAGCUGGUGAUCCUUGCGGCCACAGCAAGUGACGCGGGGGCCUACUACGUGCAGGCCGUCAACGAGAGGAAUGGCGAGAACAAGACCAGCCCGCCCACCUAUCUGAGCAUAGCAAGAGACGAUGGCGCACCCGAAACCGUGGCUCCCGUCAUUGUGAUUCCCCCGGGCAACAGAAGUGUGGUGGCUGGGUCCAGUGAGAUCACCCUGGAGUGCAUAGCCAAUGCCAGGCCUGUCGAAGAGCUGAUUGUGACCUGGAAGAGAAACGGGGUGAGAAUCACCAGUGGGCUCCACAGCUUUGGGAGACACCUUACCAUCAGCAGCCCAACGUUCAUGGACAGUGGAGCGUACUUGUGUGAGGCGACGCUGAGAGGGAGCGCUUUCGAACCAGCCCAAGCAAAAGGCUUUCUUGCUAUCAUAGAGCCACCAUAUUUUACUGCUGAACCAGAGAGUCGGAUUUUAGCGGAAGUGGAAGAAACAGUGGACGUCAUGUGUCAAGCCAUGGGGGUCCCUCUUCCCACGCUGAGAUGGUAUAAGGACGCCGUGUCCAUCAGCGAGCUCCAGAACCCUCGCUACAGGGUGCUCCCAAGUGGAGGCCUGCGCAUCCAAAAGCUGCGUCCAGACGACUCCGGAAUCUUCCAGUGCUUCGCCAGCAACGAGGGAGGGGAGAUUCAGACCCACACCUACCUGGACGUCACCAAUGUGGCGCCCGCGUUUACUCAGAUGCCAGUGGACACCACGGUCACCGACGGGAUGACAGCCAUUCUGAGAUGUGAGGUGUCGGGGGCACCCAAACCUGCCAUCACGUGGAGGAGAGGAAACCACAUUUUGGCCAGUGGCUCUGUGCAGAUUCCUAGGUUCAUGCUGCUUGAAUCGGGGGGUCUGCAGAUAACACCUGUCUUCAUCCAGGAUGCUGGGCACUACACCUGCUAUGCAGCCAACACCGAGGGCUCCCUGAACGCGUCUGCCACGCUCACCGUGUGGAAUCGAACGUCCAUCGUCAGCCCUCCUGAGGACCGCGUGGUGAUUAAGGGGACCACGGCCACACUGCGCUGCGGAGCCACACACGACCCCCGCAUCUCUCUCCGCUAUGUCUGGAAGAAGGACAACACGGUCAUCACCCCCUCCAGCAGUUCCAGAAUCGUGGUGGAGAAGGACGGGUCCCUGCUCAUUAGCCAGACAUGGUCAGGAGACAUUGGAGACUACACCUGUGAAAUCCGUUCGGAAGGAGGGAACGACUCCAGGAAGGCUCGUCUGGAAGUGAUCGAGCUGCCACACCCCCCGCAGAACCUCCUGGCCAGCCUGAACUCCUCCCACAGCCACGCAGCAGUGCUGUCCUGGGUCCGCCCCUUUGAUGGCAACAGCCCCGUCCUGUAUUACAUUGUGGAGCUGUCUGAAAACAACUCGCCAUGGAAAGUGCAUCUGUCAAACGUUGGCCCCGAGAUGACAAGCGUCACCGUGCGUGGCCUGACUCCAGCUCGCACCUAUCAGUUCAGGGUGUGCGCCGUGAAUCAAGUGGGCAGGGGCCAGUACAGUGCGGAGACGAGCAGGUUGAUGCUCCCUGAAGAACCACCCAGUGCUCCCCCGAAAAACAUCGUGGCUAGUGGGCGUACCAACCAGUCCAUCAUGGUACAGUGGCAGCCGCCCCCAGAAACAGAGCACAAUGGGGUGCUGCGCGGGUACAUCCUCAGGUACCGCCUGGCCGGCCUGCCCGGAGAGUACCAGCAGCAGAACAUCACCAGCCCGGAGGUCAGCUACUGCCUGGUGACGGAGUUGAUUAUCUGGACACAGUACGAGAUACAGGUGGCCGCUUACAACGGGGCUGGCCUGGGCAUCUUCAGCAGGGCAGUGACCGAGUACACCUUACAAGGAGUGCCGACAGCACCCCCACAGAAUGUGCGGACGGAAGCCGUGAGCUCCACGAGCAUCCGGUUCCUGUGGAACCCCCCGCCUCAGCAGUUUAUCAAUGGCAUCAACCAGGGAUACAAGCUCCUAGCAUGGCCGGUUGAUGUCCCUGAGUCUGUCACAGUCGUCACCAUUGCUCCAGACUUCCAUGGGGUCCAUCAUGGGCACAUAACCAACUUGAAGAAGUUCACGGCCUACUUCACGUCGGUGCUGUGCUUCACCACCCCCGGGGACGGGCCCCCGAGCGCACCUCAGCUCAUAUGGACUCACGAGGACAAACCGGGAGCUGUGGGACAUCUGAGUUUCACAGAGAUUCUGGACACAUCUCUCAAGGUCAGCUGGCAGGAGCCACUGGAGAAAAACGGCAUCAUUACAGGCUAUCAGAUCUCCUGGGAGGUGUACGGGCAGAACAACUCUCGGCUCACACACACUCUCAACAGCACGACGCAUGAAUAUAAAAUCCAAGGACUGUCUUCUCUCACCACCUACACCAUUGACGUGGCUGCCCUCACUGCGGUGGGGGCCGGCCUGGCGACCUCGUCCACCAUCUCAUCUGGAGUGCCCCCAGAGCUUCCUGGGGCCCCAUCCAAUCUGGUCAUUUCCAACAUCAGCCCCCGUUCAGCCACUCUUCAGUUCCGGCCGGGCUACGACGGGAAGACGUCAAUCUCCAGAUGGGUCGUUGAGGGACAGGUUGGAGCCAUCGGCGACGAGGAGGAGUGGCUCAGCCUCUACGAGGAGGAGAACGAACCUGAUGCCCAGAUGCUGCAGAUCCCAAACCUCACGCCAUACACUCACUACAGAUUUCGAAUGAGGCAGGUGAACGUUGUGGGGUCCAGCCCCUUCAGCCAGUCAUCCCGGGUCAUCCAGACACUGCAGGCCCCCCCUGAUGUGGCUCCAACCAGCAUCACCGUCCGAACCGCGAGUGAGACCAGCCUGCGGCUGCGCUGGGUGCCCCUACCUGACUCCCAGUACAACGGGAACCCCGAAUCAGUGGGCUACAGGAUCAAGUACUGGCGCCCCGACCUGCAGGCUCCCGCACUGGCCCAAGUCAUCAACGACCGGCUGGAGAGGGAGUUCACCAUCGAGGAGCUGGAGGAGUGGGCCGAGUAUGAGCUGCAGAUGCAGGCGUUCAACGCCAUCGGGGCCGGGCCCUGGAGCCAGGUGGUGCGGGGACGGACGCGGGAGUCAGUUCCUUCAGCCGCCCCUGAAAACGUGUCAGCCGUGGCUGUCAGCUCGACCCAGAUUUUACUGACAUGGGCCUCGGUACCGGAGCAGGACCAGAACGGGCUCAUACUGGGUUACAAGAUUCUGUUCCGGGCCAAAGACCUGGACGCCGAGCCCAGGAGCCACGUGGUGCGCGGGAACCACACGCAGUCGGCGCUGCUGGCGGGUCUGCGCAAGUUCGUGCUCUACGAGCUGCAGGUGCUGGCGUUCACGCGCAUCGGCAACGGCGUCCCCAGCUCGCCGCUGCUGCUGGAGCGGACCAAAGACGACGCCCCAGGCCCACCGGUGAGGCUGGUGUUCCCGGAAGUGAGACUCACGUCCGUGCGGAUCGUGUGGCAGCCACCAGAGGAGCCCAACGGCAUCAUUCUGGGGUACCAGAUCGCCUACCGCCUGGCCAGCAGCAACCCCAACACGUUCACCACGGUGGAGGUCGGCGCCACGGUCAGGCAGUUCACAGCCACCGAGCUGGCCCCAGAGUCGGCGUACACCUUCAGGUUGUCUGCCAAGACUCGGCAGGGCUGGGGGGAGCCAUUGGAGGCCACCGUCAUCACCACUGAGAAGAGAGAGCGGCCGGCACCCCCCAGAGAGCUCCUGGUACCCCAGGCAAAAGUGACUGCUCGCAGCCUCCGGCUCCAGUGGGUCCCGGGCAGCGACGGGGCCUCCCCCAUCCGGUACUUCACCGUGCAGGUGCGAGAGCUGCCCGGGGGACAGUGGCAGACCUUCUCCUCAUCCAUCAGCCACGAGGCCACAGCCUGUGCGGUCGAAAGGCUGAGGCCCUUCACCUCCUACAAGCUGCGCCUGAAAGCCACCAAUGACAUUGGGGACAGCGACUUCAGCACGGAGACGGAGGCAGUAACCACCCUGCAGGAUGUUCCAGGAGAGCCUCCAAGUUUUGUCUCGGUGACACCGCACACCACCUCCUCUGUUCUGAUCCAGUGGCAGCCUCCGCGGGACGAAAGCCUGAACGGCCUCCUCCAGGGCUACAGGAUCUACUACCGGGAGCUGGAGUACGAGGCGGCCUCAGCCACCGAGUCCAAGACGCUCAAAACCCCCUUGGCCUUACGGACCGAGCUCGCAGCCCAGAGCAGCUUCAAGACCGUGAACAGCAGCUCUGCUCUAACGACGUACGAAUUAACACAUCUAAAGAAAUACCGGCGCUACGAGGUGGUGAUGACGGCCUACAACAUCAUCGGCGAGAGCCCGGCCAGCGCGCCCGUGGAGGUCUUCGUCGGCGAGGCCGCCCCCGCCAUGGCCCCGCAGAACGUCCAGGUGAGCCCGCUCACGGCCAGCCAGCUGGAGGUCACCUGGGACCCGCCGCCGCCCGAGAGCCAGAACGGGAACGUCCAGGGCUACAAGAUUUACUACUGGGAGGCAGACAGCCAGAACGAGACGGAGAAGAUGAAGGUGCUGUUCCUGCCAGACACUGUGCUGAGACUGAAGAACCUGACCAGCCACACCCGCUACCUGGUCAGCAUCUCCGCCUUCAACGCCGCAGGGGACGGGCCCAAGAGCGACCCCAGGCAGGGGCGCACCCAUCAGGCCGCUCCUGGGAUCCCCAGCUUUUUGGCGUUCUCAGAAAUAACCUCCACCACGCUUAAUGUCUCGUGGGGGGAGCCGGUGGCAGCGAACGGCAUCCUACAGGGCUACCGAGUGGUGUACGAGCCCUUAGCACCUGUGCAAGGGGUGAGCAAGGUGGUGACCGUGGACGUGAAGGGGCCCUGGCAGCGCUGGCUGAAGGUGCGCGACCUCACGAAAGGCGUGACCUACUACUUCCGCGUCCAGGCGCGGACCAUCACCUACGGGCCCGAGCUGCGAGCCAACGUCACGGCGGGGCCGGCUGAGGGCUCUCCAGGUCCCCCUAGAGAUGUUUUAGUCACCAAAUCCGCCUCUGAGCUGACCCUGCAGUGGACCGAGGGGAACGCCGGCAGGGCGCCCACCACAGGCUACGUCAUAGAGGCCAGGCCGUCAGAUGAAGGUCUGUGGGACAUGUUUGUGAAGGACGUUCCCCGGAGUGCCACCUCCUACACCGUCAGCCUGGACAGGCUCAGGCCAGGAGUGACCUAUGAGUUCCGCGUGGUGGCCGUGAACCAGGUGGGCUACGGGGAGCCCAGCAGCCCCUCCACAGCCGUGUCAGCUCAAGUGGACACCCCGUUCUACGAGGAGUGGUGGUUCCUGCUGGUGGUGGCGCUCUCCAGCCUGAUCGUCCUCCUGCUGGUGGCGUUUACCCUGGUCCUGCACGGGCAGAGCAAGAAAUACAAGAACUGCGGCACAGGUAAAAACAUCUCCAACAUGGAGGAGUCCGUGACCCUGGACAACGGAGGCUUUGCCGGCUUGGAGCUUAACAGCCGCCACCUCAACGUCAAGAACACCUUCUCGAAGAAGAACGGUACCAGGUCCCCGCCCCGGCCCAGCCCUGGUGGCCUGCACUACUCUGACGACGACAUCUGCAGCAAGUACAACGGCGCUGUGCUGACCGAGAGCGUGAGCCUCCAGGACAAGUCGGCUGACGCCACGGAAUCCGAGGGCACCGACUCCGAGGCCGAGGACGUGCCGCCGCAGCACUCCUUCGUCAACCACUACCUGAGCGACCCCACCUACUACAACUCGUGGAAGCGCCGGGCCCCGCACAGGUACGAGGCGGUGGCGGGCGGCGAGGGCCCGCAGCUGCACACGGUGGUGACCACGCAGAGCGCCGUGUUCGUGCCCGCCGGCCCCGGCGCCCGGACUGCGCUCACCGGCUUCUCCUCCUUCGUGUGACGCGCCUCCGGGGCGCCGGCCACGGGCCCUCGGGAGCCCGCUUCUGUCCAGACAAUCAACUCCGGUAACCGAGCUCGAGUUUCUGUUUGAAAAGGAUGCUGAUAGGCGAUGGUCUCACCUACUUGUGGACACUAGGUUUCAAUUAGGAAGGUUUUUUUAAUGGCUUUUUGUAACAUCGCUGCAGGAAGCAGGUUUCUUUGUUUUUCUUUUCUUUUUACGAGAAGGUGUAUUUCACUGGUGCAAUGGCGUGGCACCCCGGACCUCCGAUCCGGCCCCCCGGGCUGGGCUUCUCCAUCCUCGCGCCACGAGGAGGCUGGAGGGGAAGGGGGGGCGGGGGCCAGCGAGACCCCCACCUGCCUCCAGCCGCCCGGCCUCUGCUCUACCUCCCGGGCCCCGGGACCAGCGCUCGCCUGUGCCAGCGCGAGCCCGCAGCGCCCCCCGGGGCUGCAAGAGGGAAUGUCUGGCCCCGGCCGAGGGCUUCCCGAGCCGGCUGCGCCCUCGCUCAGCAGUGUCCAGCGAGGAGCCAGCGUCAAGGUUCCCUCCCCGCAGCCGGCAGGAGGCUGUCGUGCUGUCCUCUGACCCCGAUGGCUCGGAGGCUGCACUGCGUGUCAUCCCGGGGGUGAAAUAUUCGGGGCUUGCUUCUUCCUUCCUUUCUUCAAACCCGGUAGCGCGGGAGCAGGAGACCCCCCCACGGAAGCCCCAAGACAGCCCUCACUUAGCAAACUAGCUCCUCCCGUCCACACACAGCACACAGCCAGCCCGCUGACGCAGAGGACGACGGCGUUUCCGAAUUGCUUGUUCUGUAAGAGGUGUGCAUUGUUAACCAGAGUAUUUUUUAAAUCUUUUUAUCUUUUUUUAAAAUAUGUCACAUGAAAUGAA